AUGGUGGCUUCGUCAUUACAGGCCGGCCAUGUUACAACUGUUCAUCGUCAUUUAACAUCAAAAUUUCAUUCGAACGAAGAAAUGGGACAAACUGUUUUUCCAUUAAUUGACGAAAAUUUAAAAAAAAAAAAUUAUAAAAUUGGAAUUGAAAAUAAUAAUGACGAUGAAAAUUUACAACAUGAAGAAUUUGAAGAAACACCAUUAUAUGCUGCCAUUUUAACCUAUUUAAGUUAUGCUAUACUUUGUCUAUUUGGUUGGUUAAGAGAUUUUCUUCGCCAAUCACAUAUUGAAACGAAACGUGGUGCUGUUGAUCCAAAUGCUUCAUUGGCUUUUGUACCACUAUAUCAAAGUUAUGAAUCUUUUUAUACACGAAAUAUGUAUACACGUGUUCGGGAUAUUUUUAAUCGACCAAUUGCAAGUGUGCCCGGUGCACAAUUUGAAUUAACUGAACGGGUUUCAGAUGAUUACAAUUGGACAUAUAGAUAUACUGGAAAAACAAUAAGCGCAAUCAAUUUAGGUUCAUAUAAUUAUUUAGGCUUUGCUGAAAAAACAGGUCCAUGUGCUACAAAUGCUAUCAAUUCAAUUAAAACAUUUGGUGUUGCAAACUGUAAUACAAGAACUGAAAUAGGUACACAGAGAUAUCAUGUUGAACUCGAACAACUUCUUGCUGAUUUUCUUCAUGUUGAAAGUUCAAUUGCAUUUGGCAUGGGCUUUGCAACAAAUUCACUUAAUCUUCCAGUUUUAGCAUCUAAAGGAGAUUUAAUUUUAAGUGAUGAAAUGAAUCAUGUUUCAUUGAUCUUAGGUAUUCGUUUAUCAGGUGCUAGUUAUCAAACAUUUGCACAUAAUGAUAUGAAAGAUUUGGAGAAAAAAUUACGAGCAGCUAUCGUUCACGGUCAUCCGCGUACAAACCGUCCAUGGAAAAAAAUAAUUAUUGUUGUUGAAGGAAUUUAUAGUAUGGAAGGUUCAAUAUGUCGUUUACCGGAAUUAAUUGAAUUAAAAAAGAAAUAUAAAGCUUAUUUAUAUAUGGAUGAAGCACAUUCAAUCGGUGCAAUGGGUAAACAUGGUCGUGGAAUUGUAGAUUAUUUUGGUGCUGAUACAAAUGAUGUAGAUAUUUUAAUGGGAACAUUUACAAAAAGUUUUGCUUCAGCUGGUGGUUAUAUUGCAGGAAAAAAGUCUCUCAUCGAUUAUAUUCGUAUGAAUUCUCAUGCAAAUACGUAUGCUUCAAGUAUGCCAGCACCAGUAGUACAACAAAUAAUAUCUUCUCUUCGUCUUCUUCAGGGUCCAGAAGGAAAAAAACGUAUUUAUCAACUUGCUGAUAAUACACGUUAUUUUCGACAAAAAUUAGUCGAUAUGGGUUUUAUUGUUUAUGGCAAUAAAAAUUCACCAGUUGUUCCAAUGUUAAUUUAUAUGCCUGCAAGAGUAACACGAUUUAAUCGAGAAAUGCUUCGACGUGGUAUUGCAGUUGUUACUGUUGGAUUUCCAGCAACAAAAUUAUUAGAUGCACGCGUUCGUUUUUGUAUAUCAGCUGCACAUACACGUCAAAUGCUUGAUAAUGCUUUAAUAUCAAUUGAUGAAGUUGGUACAGAAAUAUCAUUACGUUACUCAACGAGACAUAAAUCUCGACGAUUAAGAGAGUUGUGA